AUGACCGACCGGAAUGCCGCUACCAUGGGCAAGAGCGCUAAGCAGGAGCCUGCCAAAGGCGACGAUGGCAAGGCUGUGAAUCGCGACAAGAGCUCGAAUGCCACUGCUUCUGGCAAUCAUAAGGCCCCUACGAAAAAGAGACGCAAAGUCAACCACGCUUGCGUAUAUUGUCGACGAUCUCAUAUGACUUGCGAUCUUGAGAGACCAUGUACCAGAUGCAUUAAACGGAAUAUUGGACAUCUCUGUCACGAUGAGCCUCGCGAUGCCGAUUCCAAGAAAGCAAAGAGUGUCCAAAGCACCCAGAGCAUACAGGCGCCCUCUGUAGUUGAUGAAUCAGACGCACAGUCCGAUAUGGCUCGUAGCUCGAUUUCUAGUACCAUGGGCCCACCUCCCCCAACGUUCGACACGACGAGGCAGCGAGGUUCCAAAUCUUUUGGGGGAGUCCUCGGUCAAGGUAGCCCACUGUCCAUUGUGCAACCCGGCCAGGUCUCGGGCCUGCAGGGCAAUGCGUUGAACAACGGCAACAGUAACGCGAAUCAAUUUGCUGGUUUCCAAGAUGCGUGGAUGACAGCUCAGAACCAUUUUCAUGAUAUGAACAGCUAUCACCCCAAUUACAUGAUUGCCUCAGAAGUCACUCACGAGUUCAAUCUUCUCAACGAUUUCCUCCAUACGAGUCUGCUCGAUGACGGUAGUGUGCCGCCAGAGGAACAGCAGAGCCCGGCAUUCAAGCGGUCGAGCCAGAGCCAGUCGGAAAUGCUACCCAGGUUUGGUAAUAAUAACACCAACACCUCUAUGGGAGUCGGUGGUUCAAACACCAUGUCAAACAUGACAGAGGGAUCAAUGCUGCCACCCCCUCCGAAUGUUGAGGGCAAGAACAUUCCACGACCGGGAAGCGUUGUGCCCGCCGACAAGGCUCGCGAAUACUAUCUACAAGCUGCCGACCCAUCAGGCAACGACACGCCAGAGGAGCGAAUGGCGCGUGUGCUCAAGGCCAAGUACGACGCUGGACUCUUAAAACCAUUCAAUUACAUCAACGGUUAUUCUCGCUUGGGUGCAUAUCUCAAUUCACACAUCACAACAGCGUCAAGGGAAAAGAUUCUCAGGACCAUCGCCCGGUUCCGGCCCGCUUUUCGAGAAAAGGCACAUGCUUUGACGGAUAUAGAACUUGUGUACGUUGAGAUGUGGUUUGAGAAACAGCUCAUGGACUAUGACCGGGUGUUUGCAAGCAUGGCAGUGCCCGCGUGCUGCUGGCGAAGAACCGGUGAAAUCUUCAGGGGCAACAAGGAGAUGGCAGAGUUGAUUGGCGUGUCAGUAGCUCAGCUUAGAGAUGGCAAAAUCGCGUUGCACGAAAUCCUCACAGAAGAAUCAAUGGUGCGAUACUGGGAAGAGUUUGGCACGAUUGCCUUCGAUCCAGCACACGAGACCCUCUUGACGGCCUGCUCCCUGAAGAACCCAACCCCUGGGUCAACGCAUCCAGUUGUGAAAUGUUGUUUCUCGUUCAUGAUCAGAAGAGACGAGCACAAACUACCAGCUCUUAUUGUUGGUAAUUUCUUGCCGCAUGACCCACCAGCACAAUAA